AUGGAGCAUCUCCAGGACGGCCACUACGUGCGGCUGCGGAGCCGCGUGCACGGCACGUACCUGCACGCUGACGAGGACGGGCAUGGCGUCUCCCUCCACCACCGCCGGGAUUCCAUGAACGCGGCUUGGGCGGUGCACUUGUACCACCAGGGCAAUGCCGACGCCCUGGCCCAGCACAUGCUUCUCUACAGCGCCGCCUACGGCCGCUACCUCGUCGCCACGAACGCGCCGGCGCCGCUGGGCCACCGCGGGCGCCGCGUCGAGCAGCGCAACUACGAUGAUCAAGAGGAGGAGGCCAUCAGGUGGGAGGCCGUAGCCGUCGGGGCCGACUCCGGGAACGACGUCCUGCUCCGCAACGUCGCCGGCCGCCACCUCCGCAACGGCGCCUGGCGCUACCUCCGCGCCAACGGCAGGUACAUCCGCACCGGCGCCAGCGUCGACGCCUUCGACAACUUCAGCACGAAGAUGCACUGGGUGGUGGAGCCCAUCCCCGCCAGGGCCGCCAUGCCUCUCCUUCGACGUCCGAAUAGGGUCAGGCAAUUCGUGGCAAAUUUGCGCUUCGUGUUUGAUUUGAUCUCCUGGGUGGCAUCAUGA